GGGGCCGCGCGGCGGUGGCGCCGGGGCGGGCGCGCGUCCGCGGCGGUGAUGGCGGUGCGUGAACGCGCGGCGGCAGCAAUGGCCGCUCUGGAGCGGCGGGUGCCGAGUCUCGAUGACUUCGCGGGACAGAGCUGGAGCUCGUGGGUGGAACGGGCCGACCUGCCCGCGGCCGACGGGGCUGAGGUGGAGGAGAGUAACAAAAACAUGAAGAAGCUGGAUGCCAUGACCCUCAUUAAAGAAGACAUGUCCAUCUUCGGGCACUGCCCUGCCCAUGACGACUUCUAUUUGGUUGUGUGUAACCACUGCAGCCAAGUGGUGAAGCCUCAAGCUUUCCAGAAGCACUGCGAAAGAAGACAUGGGCCCCUCAGCAAGCUUUACGCCCGGGCCCCACCCCCACCUCCAGCCCCUGCCAGCUCUCAGAAAUGCCAUGUAGUGAAUGGGCAGGGCCCAGCUUGCAGGGCCCCAGGUUCCACCAAAACCUCCUCCAGGGAGAAGGGCCAGGGGUCCCGGAGCCGUGGCCACCCGCCUCCUGAGAAGACACAGAAGGACAACCUCUGCCUUUUCGUACCUGUGGUGAAUUUGGAGAAGAUGUCCAGUCUCCCGAAGCCCGACGGACAUGGAAUCAGGCUGGCCCCGCCCUCUGCUCUCCUCAGCCAGCCUGCUGGCCUCACCAAGGACUCCCCGGGAAGAAACCCCACGGCACCCCCUUCUAAAGAACCUCCAGGGAGAGAGAACAUCGAGAUGACCCCCAGCGAGGGCCCCAGUCACCGGACUGAAGGCAGUCCCCCUGAAAAGGAGCCUGGUGGGGCCAGGCUGCCCCCCAAAACCCACCGGAAGAUGGCUCGAAAGGAGUGCGACCUCAACAGGCAGUGUGGGGUAAUAAACCCAGAGACCAAAAAGAUCUGCACUCGCCUGCUGACCUGCAAGAUCCACUCGGUGCACCAGCGCCGGGAGGUCCAGGGCCGAGCCAAGGACUUUGACGUGCUAGUGGCAGAGCUGAAGGCCAAUUCCCGCAAAGGGGAGUCUCCCAAAGAGAAGAGCCCAGGGCGCAGGGAGCCCACCCUUGAGCGCCCCUCCCAGGAGCCCCCCUCCUCAGUCCAGGUUGUGGCAGCGGCCGCCCCCAGCAGCACCUUCUCUGCUCGCGCCAAGCAGACCUACCCGUACUGUGCACUGCCCAGGUCCCGGGCCUCCUCUGAGAGUGAGUUGGAUGAUGAAGGCCCCUGUGGUGGUGAUGGGGACCCAGGCCUGUUCCCCUUUCCCCUGCCCCGGGGUGGGGCCCAGGCCUCCAGCGAGGAGAGUGAGGAGGAGGGGACAUCUGAGGACCUCCACCUCCCCCCUGACUGCCAUUAUGCAACCCGGCCCCCGCGGCCACAGGCGUUCUGCACCUUUGGGAGCCGGCUGGUGAGUCCGGGAUGCUACGUGUUUAGCCGCCGGCUGGACCGGUUCUGCUCAGCACUGAGCUCCAUGCUGGAACGGCACCUCAGCUCCCACAUGUGGAAGAAGAUCCCACCGGCGGCUGAGCCUCCAUCCCACCUUGUCAGCUCCCCGCUCUCUGCUCCCCUGAGCCCAUCCUCUAUAGGCAGCUGCCCCCGCCUUCCAGGUCCACCCCCCCGACUCGCCUGCCCGGCCUCCACGCCCCCCGCCAAGGACAGCCUUGUCCCCAGCUACCCUGCAGGUUCCCCCAGUGUGGCAGCGGCCUGCAGCCAGGCGGAGUGCAUGGGCGGGAGCCAGGCCAUCACCUCACCCCUGCCUGCCAACACGCCAUCCCCAUCCUUCAGCCGACUCCCGCCUUCGAAGGCCAGCAAGUCGUCCAAAGGCAAGGACGGGGUCGAGGUGGAGGCCCCUUCUCGAAAGCGAAAGUUAUCCCCAGGCCCCACCACUUUCAAACGGACCUGCAUCCUGGAGCCCUCUGGAAAAGGCAAACCCUCCGGCUGCCGGGGCCUCUCGGCCAAGACUAAAACAGCCCUGGGCCUGGGGCUUAAUGGGACGGUGGGGCCAAGAGUGAAGCGGGCAGGGCCUCUGGACUGUCGGGGCUCCCCUCAUCAGCCCCCCACACCCGUCAAGGCUUCUCAGCUGGACAACCGGGGAGCGGCUGGACACCCAGCCAAGGCCCUGUCCACCAACUGCCUCUCUGAGGAGGAGGUAGCCAAGAAGCGGAAAAACCUGGCCACUUACUGCCGGCCGGUGAAGGCCAAGCACUGCCAGGCCGGUGGCCCUGCCGAUGCGGCCUGCUCCGUGCGCCGCAAGAAGCCGGGGCCUGCCAUGGCCUUUGAGGAGAAGUGUUCUACGCUGAAGGUACCAGCCCAGCUCCCUGAAGAGCACGGGCAGGGAGAGAUCAGGAUGGACGAGGGUAGAAUGCACAGUGGGCACCUGGCACGGAGAAGGUGCUAAGUAAACGUUUGUGCAGGGAAGGGAUUCUGAAGGGGGAAGUUGAGAGAGCUCUUGGGCUGUCUUUUCUAGGGAGACGUGGGUCAGCUCUUUGAAAGGUGACCCAGCUUUUGCUUGAUGGGCCUUCCGCUAGCUCUCCCUUGAGCUGAGGAGAUGCUCCCUCUCCCCUGCCCCCGCAUCUUCUGUUUCAAUGAAAGGGCCACUUUCUGACCCCCCACACCAGGAACUGGAGCUACCUCUGUCCCCUGAAGGAAAGGAAGUUGGACUUCAUGAACUCUGAUGGGGAAAGGUUUGGGCAGCGGGGUUGAGUUUGGGUCCCUGAGCCGUGGCCUGAUAUGCCGGGCGGCGGGGUGCGUGGGCUGGUCUUGUUCAUGGGUUCUGCCUCUGGGCGUCAGGACCUGGAAGGGCAGGGACACCAUGCAAGGUCCAUGUAUGCAUAGGUGCCCACUUCCAGGAUUUCAGGUGCCAGGCAAGUCCUCCAGGGUUUCUGGGAAAGCCAGCAGCCAGGUUUCUGUGCCUCUUCUGAUGGGAGCCCUGGAGUGGCACACUCUGGGCUGUCCAGAGGAUCUCGGCCAGGAGGGACUUACCGGGGGUGAGAAGGGGGCUGCUUUUCCUCUGUAGGCACGGGCCAGAUGCAUACCCACUCCUCUGGCACCCGUACGAGAGUAGUGAGUCGGACGGUGCCCUCACGUGUGUGUGCGUGUGCACACGGACGUUCUCAGGCUGUCCCGCUCGGCUGGCAUUCAUCUUCCCCUGCGUCCAGCGUUCGUCACCAGCCCGGCCAGGAGGAAAACAAGCGUUAGCUCUAUGGUGCACACAGUUCACUGGGUAGGAGGACUGGUAGGCCCCUAGCCUGACCGUGUCUCUUGCCUCUUGUCUUCCUGCAGUCUAAAGCCCAUUAACAAGAAAGUGCCUGCCCACUGCGACGGAGCCGUCAGCACCUCCUCCCCUCCAGAUCCGGGCCCCAGGCUGCGGCCGCUUUUUAUAACUUUAUAUUAUUUUUUUUAAGAAAAAAAACUCUUUAAAAUACCUCAAGACUGUCUCCCUGUUCUGUUGCUGCUAAGAAAAUGUAAAAACAAACAUAGAAAAGGAAGGAAAAAGAUGUAAUAAAAUGAAUGUCCUUGCUGUCCCCAUUUGCACCCCAGGAGGCAGAGAUGAUAGGCAGCCAGACUCAAGCUCCCGGCCCUUGCUCAUGUAUUUUUGUCCUUUUAAAUGGUGUGGGAAUGGCUGGGGUUUGUGUCAUGGGGGAGUCUUUUCUCCAGAGAGGAUGAUGAGGCAUUAUGGCUCUGAGUGAGCAAGGCUUGCCAGAAUCUUUAUCCCAGAGAUGACUCCGGUCCCGUUGGGAAGGGAAACUUGACGAGGGCAAGGGAGCCUCUGGCUCUCCUCUCAGGUCUUUGCCCCGAGGGUCUGUGGGAGUUCGCUGUUGGCCCUUUUCCAGUCUUCCAGCAACGCUGGGCCUCCAUCCUGUCUCUGAACUCAGUCUCUUCAGCUGUUCCUGCCCUUGCUGCCUCGCCCUAGCAGCCUUAUUUUCUCAACCACAGGGGGAGCUUGAUUGGAGUUGGUAACUGCUCUCGGGAUGUCUGUGAUUUCUGUGGGACAGCCUGUUUUGGUCCCUGUCCCUGGCCUGUGGGUUUGCUCCAGGUAGGCCUCCUUAAGCUGAACCACACCUUUUUGGAGGCAGGAAGGGGAAAGGUAGGAUCACUUACAAAACUUCUGGUGUGGGAGGCAGCAGGAAUGUGGGAGGUUCUGGUCCCUCAGGGUCACCUGGCUCCCCAGGGCCGAGCAGAUGGUGUGAAGGUGGGAAGGGCUGGCAGUGCCCUGGUUCUUCCAUUUAUCCCACUGGAGGCUAGUGUGCCCAUAGGGGUGACAUUUGCCUCUCCCUCCUUGGGUCCUCAAACCUGAACUCACCAGGCGGGCACUAGUUUUUGGCCUGGUCCUUACCUUCCAGUGUCCUUGCUCUUAGGCAGGGAGGACUCUGAACUCCCUUAACAAGACGGAAGAAGGGAUGGCAGGAGGGUGUGGGCAGGCCGAGAAAUCCAGUGUUUCUGGAAGGCGGUUCCAAGCGCUGGUUUCACAUUCUUGGUUCAGUGCACG